AUGGCUAGUGGGCACUAUACUAGCCCCGAGCAGGUGUUUCCAGCGACUGCGCAGAUGACAGGACUGGGUGCUAUCUCGGACGCCUUGGUCGGUCGUGUUCGGUGGAGCUCAAUUAGUGUGACUAGCGAACUAGACGUUCUCUUUGGAAAGGACCAGGCUGCUGGGAUCAAGUUCAUAUAA